CCUGGAUGACGUAGUUGUGCGAAGACUGUCACGUCAUUGUUCUCACUUUUGGCAACGAUUGCGGAGCAGUAUUGAGUGGCAGAAGCUUAGCGACAUCGACACUUAGCGUUAUUGGUACUCGUUUCUUUUGGGUCUCCUUUUUCAAUGGCGUUUGAGAACGCAGGAAGCGUUAAAAUUGAGAGAGUGGAUAUAGAUGGUGUGAGACGCAAAGCUAGAAAUUGGAUUGUGGACCCUUCCUCCUGUCAAGACGAUGAACUGCGCCAAGAAAUUCAGAAAUUGCUGAGAUUGAAGGCGUCAAAACGAUUUAAAAUUAUUGAAAUUUAUGACGUAUUUAGAAAGUCACUUGACGAGGGAAAGGACGAUUUUUCGCUCAUAGGACGUGGACUUCAGAAUGUGUUGAAGUACUGCCGCAAUGUGAUGAAGUUUCCAGAGAGACGAGAGUAUAGGACCAUCAGGACUUACACAGGAUUUUUCAAGUGUAAUGUUGAAGAGUAUUUGGUGGAAGCAAAACGUCUUUUUAAAUGGAUGGGAUUUGUAUAUGAUCCUGACAAAUGUACUCUGUCAUUGUUAUCAAAGGAUGCUCAAGCAGUUGAGGAUGUUGCCGUGGAUCUGUUAAUUGCUCAAGAGGAGACUGGGGUGAUACAAAAGCUGAAAUCUUAUUGUGAAAAUACGAAGUCAAUUGGCAUUCAAGAUGUUCUUACUGCUCGAGAGCAAGUUGAAGACUUAACAGAAGACUGGGUAGACACCCUUAGUUUUAUUGCUGAGAUUACCUGUGACAGGAACAACAAAAGAAGCCAGUCACACGUUGAAACACAACGUACUGAUCCUUCACGUCGAUUGCCAAUAUCUCAUGAAGAGGAUUGGUUUAGAUCUCACCCUGUUAAAUCACCAAUUAGAUCUCAUUUUGUUGGUAGCCCUCCCAACAAUAUCCUUACAACUCAAGAAUUUGAGGAUAUGGUGAGCAAUCUUCCUCCACCACUCACUCAUAUGUCCAAUAGCUUUAAACAGAAACAUGCUAAAGCAGAGCACGUGCCACCUUCACCUAUUGGAAUUGAUCAAGCAGAAGAGGAUGCUGACACUGAUUUACAUCAUUUAGAAGAAGAGUUGUAUUUGUCAUGCAAUGACAAAGAGAUUGCAGAUCUGCGGUCAAUGAUGUGGCGCUCUCAAACAUAUGACGGCAAUCAAAGUGUUGAUAGUUACCAAGAUACCACAAUCUUUGCUGUCAAUCAGUCGAAUAGUGAUGAGCACUAUUCUGUUCCAUACGUUGCACACACCACUCCUAGGUCUGCUGCUGCUAGCAAUGAACAUGCCUUUCAUUUAGAGAAACGUUCUGUGAACACCGAAACAUUGCCAGAUGCAGUCAAUCAAAAUAAACAUAUUUAUUUAGAUCCAGCUCAGCCUAGAAUUGAUAAUAAUGAGGUAAUCUCUUCUCAGUUGCCAUCUGACAGAGAUUCUGAACCUCGAAGUGGAUCAUUCCCACAUCCUGUUGAUGGACAACGCUCCAACAACACUGCUAGCAAACCAGUUCCUGCUCCUAGACUGGCAAAGAAGAUGGACAACAAGAGGUUGCCAGAGGCUGAGUCAGACAAAAUUGAAGUUGGCAACUCUGAUGUUGAGAAUUCUCAACAGAAUUCUGGACCUCAACGUGGCUUAUUUCUAUGUCCUGAUGAUGAACAACGCAGACAUCCAUACAACAACACUGUUGACCAACCACUUCCCACUCACCGACAGUCAAAGAAGGUAGACAACAAGAGGUUGCCAGUGGCUGAUUCUGAUCAGGUUGCUGAGGUUGGCACUACUGAUGUUGAGAAUUGUCAACAAAAUUGGGACCAUGACGAUAUGGUUGUGGUCAGCUUGAAAAAUGGCAAAACUACACAACGUGUAGAAGGUAGUGUCAACUGUGUACAGACUGCGGAACCUUAUUCUUCUAGUCAAGAUACUGACAAAAGUAAAAGGGUAGCAAGUGAACAUUAUAGUAGUGAAGGCACAAGGACAGGUGAUGAUAGAAAACUUGAACGGUGUGUUGAAGAUGCUGCAUCUCCAGAGUGCAAGAGACAUACUCAGAUGGCAGGAAUUGAUCAUAAAGAACAAUGCAAUGUUAGGAAAGUGCCAGGACUUGCAAUAAGAGUCCUUGAUUGUGAAUGGGAAUGUGAUCAUUGUAGAAGAAAAAACGUUUCUGCUGUUACUGCUUGCAACACGUGCUGCAAGAUUAGAGGUGUGAAAGAUGACAGCAGUCCAAUGGAAGGACAAGGCUGUACAUUUUGUACGUUUCAAAACCCAAAAGGAGCAAUAAGGUGCAACGCAUGUGAACAUUCAGUUGAGCUCAGGAAUCUAGGACGCUUGUUGGCCAAAGAGAGUCUUGUUUAGUGGGGAUUAACUUUUAUCAAUUUCUUGUGUAUGUAGAUCUGUCUAACUGUUGUAGUUUAUUAUUAUUAAUUGGCAGCAGCUGCAAGUAUUUUGUUAGCUAUCCGUUUAUUCUUGCUCUCUGUUACUUUGAAUUGCACUUACCCAAUACUAUAUUAUUUGCCUGUUACAUUUACAGUAUAAGCUGCGUGUUAUCUGUUUCACAACGUUGCUGUUAACUAUUUGGUAUCUAGUAUAGUUUUACGUUUUAGUCGUCCAUGAAAUAUAUUUGAGAUGGAUUAACUUGA